CACACGCACACAGCUACAUGAAUACGCACGAAACGAAGAAGCGAACGAACGCUGCGAGGGAAUGGUUGCUCACUAGGAAAAUCGUACAGCAUCAUCAUCACACGCGUCUUUUCGGCUAGAUGCGAACAAACGACCGCGUCAUGACACGGACCGUGCCACUGUAAACGUUGUGCAUCGAUAUACGUACAUCUAUUCUGUAAUUCAACCAAGUGCGUGUUUUGCGUCUUUUAGCUAGGUUAAGUGUUUUUCCCCGCUGUGUGUGUGUGUGCGUGUAUGUGUGUGGCGCGCGUCAGUGUUUUCGUUGUUCGGUGGUAAAACAUUGCGAAAACGGCGCUAGCGUGUUGCAUCGCCACACAAGAUCGAACAGGCACCGUGAAAGGAUAGCACGCAGUUUCUUAGCAGUGUUUUUUCGUACGUGCGUGUGAGCGUGUAUACGUGCGUGCGUUUUUUUGUGUGUUAUUUUUGUGUGAAUGCUGGAAUCAUCGCCACUGGAGGAUACGCUACGAGGUGGUUUCCGUUUCGGUCCGUGUUGCUCCGUGUAAAUCUGUUGUGUGUCCGAAACAGCGCGUAGGGGCGUUCCGAUUGACCGUGUGUGUGUGAGUGUGUGUGCGCGCGCGGCUGCAUUACACACGGGGGACAACACAACACAACAAAAAAGUGAGCACAGAAGGUAUCUUUUUUGUUGUUGUUGUAAUGCUCGCUGGGAUGUUGAUGAUAUGGUGGCGAUGAUGAGUUUGGUGUGCUGCGGCCGUCUGCUGUUCAACGCUCCGAUGUGACAAAGAAGUGCGACGAUUGUUGUUAGGAGAAGCAGCAUUAGAAGAAGUGGAAGAAGCAGCAGCAGAAGUUGCGACGACGAGUGUGUUGUUGUGGUGUGCGUGCGUGUUGUCAGCGCUGCGAGUCAAUAGAGAGGCACAAACGCACAAGUGUGUUUUCCUCCCCUCCCAUCAACUCUCCCCACACCCCCACCCUCCCCGGCAAUUCCUCCGACUUCCCCUUCUCGUCCGCCCCUCCCUCCUUCUAAUCCCUCCCGUGUGGAGGGUUUGCUGGAGGCGUAGAAACGUGUAAAACGCAAUACUGUGGUGUGUAUUCGCAUGUGUGACGAUGCGCUAGUCAUAGAGACACUGCGUUCCCGCGUGCGACGAAGCAACAGCAAACAUUUGCAACAAAGCAACAACAAAACAGGCAACCGCACCGUAUAAACAAACCGUAAAAAAAAAUGGCGUCAACCGAUCCAUCGAAAUCAUUGUUUACCACGCAAACGGAAAAACCGAACCAUUAUACCUACCUGAAGGAAUUUCGCGUCGAACAGUGCCCAUCGUUCCUGCAGCACAAAUGCAACCAGCAUCGGCCAUUCGUCUGCUUUAACUGGCACUUUAUGAAUCAGCGGCGGCGGCGCCCGGUACGCCGACGGGACGGUUCCUUCAACUACAGUGCGGACAAUUACUGUCCGAAGUAUGACGAAACGACCGGUAUCUGUCCGGACGGGGACGACUGCCCAUUCCUUCACCGUACGGCGGGCGAUACCGAGCGGCGGUACCAUCUGCGCUACUACAAAACAUGCAUGUGCGUGCACGAUACUGAUGCGCGCGGUUACUGCGUAAAGAAUGGGCAUCACUGUGCGUUUGCGCACGGCAUCCAUGACCAGCGGCCACCCGUGUACGAUAUCAAGGAGCUGGAAGCGCUCCAGAACGUGGAAGACCCGGGCGAAGGCCUUAACGGCCCGAACGUGCUCGACAAGGAGCGCAAUCUGAUGAACGAGGACCCGAAAUGGCAGGACACGAACUAUGUGCUGGCCCACUACAAGACGGAGCCGUGCAAACGUCCGCCCCGUCUAUGCCGGCAGGGUUACGCCUGCCCGCAGUUCCACAACAGCAAGGAUAAACGGCGCAGUCCGAGAAAGUUCAAGUAUCGAUCUACACCGUGCCCGAACGUGAAGCAUGGUGAGGAGUGGGGUGAACCGGCAAACUGUGAGGCCGGCGAUAACUGUCAGUACUGUCAUACGCGCACGGAGCAGCAAUUUCAUCCGGAAAUCUACAAAUCGACCAAGUGUAACGAUGUGCAGCAGGCAGGCUACUGUCCCCGAUCGGUGUUCUGUGCGUUCGCGCAUGUUGAGCCGUACAUCGUAAUGGAGGAAGAUUCGCAGGCAAUCGCCCUGUCGGACAUGCGCUCGUCCGUACUGUCGUCGGGCGAUGGUGGUGGUGGUGGUGGUGGCGGCGGUGGUGGUGGACCACCCGGCGGAGGCGGUGGUAAUGGUGGCGGUGGUGGCAACGGUGGCAAUGUGCCGGGUGGUGGUGUCAUUGCGCCGGGCGUUCUCGGCGGAAAUGGUGCCGGUGUUCCCGGUGGCCCACUCGUGUCGGCUGUAGUCGGUUCCGGCAGUAAAAAGGAUGCCCAUGAUUUAACGAACUUCUCCUACUUCCAGCUACUGCCGAAUGGCAGUGCCGAGAGCAGCGAAUCCGCUAGCACUAGCAGCCUCGGCUCGAACAACAGCUCGCACAACAAGGCGCCCGGUUCGCAUCUACAGCAGCAGAAGCACAACGCCGCCCUGAUCGGCAACGGCCACAACAAUGCAGGCAACCCGCUCGGCGGGUUGGGUUUGCUGAGCAAUGGUGGACCGACCGGCGUCAACAGUGGCAGCGCUAACACAGGCUCAAUAUUGUCCAGCCUGGACUUUAGUCAGGAUCUACCGAAACAGAUGGUUGCCAUGGACCAUGAGCUCUCAAUACAUCCCCUCGAACGCGAACAUCAGAAACGCGUUGCGUGCUUGACAUUCAAUAUGUUCGGUGUAGAAUCUCCUCUCGAUGGUGGAAUGUACGAUCUGGCCAGACGUCAGGACAAUAUGCACGGUCUGGAAAGUUCGAUGACCGGUCUGAUGUCAUCGGGACUGCUACCCAGCAGCUCGGCACCCGUGAACAUUCCAGGCUCAUCGAUGGGUAAUUCAAUUUCCGGCAUCCUGCAAGGCACAUCCGCACCGGUAAACAUUCCUGGCAGCUCUCUCGGUCACAACUUUAGUCCGUCGUCCCAUUCGAACCUGUUCGGUUUGCACGACCCGUUCGGGACGCACCAUAUAGGGAGCGGUUCGGCACCGAAGCUUAGCAACAACUCGUACGGCCACAACCAUACCGACAACUUCUUCUUCCAUUCGAACAACAUCAUCUCGCCCGUGCUCGGUGACGGACUAUCCGCUAGCCCCGAAAUAAGACGAAUGUCGGAUCUGAAUCCGCUCAGUAGUGAGCUAAGCAGUAACACAACGAAUCUGCUGUUUGCCGAUAAUCAACAUCACCAAGCACAGCAGCAGGCGCAACAGCCACAGCAGCAGCAGCAGCAGCAGCAACAGCAGCAACAGCAUCAUCUACAUCACCAGGCGCAACAGGCACAACAGCAGCAACCUCCUUCCCAGCAGCAGCAACAGCAACAGCAAGCUCAAAAACAGCAAGUUCCACAGCAGCAGCAGCAGCAAGUGAUCAAUUGGGAGGAGCGUGUCCUGCAGGCAACAACUGCCUGCGAAGCAUGGAAAGCACAAAUGGAGGAAAGUAAUCGCAAGACGGCUAUUGCGGAGCAGCAACGCGAUGAAGCGCUCUCGCACGUGAAAGCCCUGACGGAAAAGCUGGAACAGAUUAAAAUGUCCGGCAACGGCUGUCCAACGAACUAUCGUUCGUGCGAUCUGCGCGGUAUGCCGCUGGCCAAAUUGAAAAGCAUUCAGGCAAAACUGCGGGAGGAAAUCGAAGAGGUGGAAAUAGUAUUAUACCAAGAGACGGCCAACAAGUGCAUGAAGUGCGAGGAGAAGAAUCGCUCGGUAACGCUCGUACCGUGCAAUCACUAUGUCGUCUGUGAUACGUGCGCCACAACACAGCGCGAGUGUCCUUACUGUCAGACGCCUGUAACGCCGAAGGCGUAAAAUGGCGGCGGACACCGGGGGACACCGUGCUUUUAGUGUGGAGCGGACAGAGAUCAGUCCCAUCCGGUGGGCCAUACAUUGGCAGACAAGACUUAUGUUCACUACCAGUGUAGUCAGUCUCCGUAGGCUACGCAGACACAGGGACGGGAGACUGGGAAGAUGGGUUGGGUGGAAGGGAGAGAUGGCGAAGGGGAUGAGAAAGGGUAUCAGUCUUGCAGCACACACAUUCACAUACUAUUUACAGGGUUUUACCGAUGAUAAUGUAAAUGCAUUGAUCGUUUUUAAAAAUUAUUUACAUUAAAUGGUAAACACAGCUAGAUGACAUUGGAAGGGCUUCAUAACAGAGGAAUCAAAUACCUUUUAUCGUGAAGUUACCAGAUGAUAUUAUAAUCGAAGCACACCUUUUUUUCAGCGCUCGGUGAAAUUCAUAAUUGACAGGUAUAAACGCGGGUUGUGAUUGCAAUUUAGCAGCCCAUGUUUGUUCCCCGUAGGUUAUGCACUUACGCGAGUGCCGACUGGCUUCGAUUACAAUAUCAUCUGGUAACAUCACAAUACAAGAUAAUUGAUUCGCCUGUCAUCUGAAACCGUUUCCAUGUCAAUUAGCAUUGUUUACCAUUACAACGUAACGUGCUUAUAAAAAAAAAAAUGGAUCAAUGCUGCUAAAUUAUCAGCAGAAAAACCCUGUAAAUUAUUGUGUCUCAGAAAUUCGUGUAAAUGUUCUACCACCUGUUGAGGGGUUAUUGUUUUUAACCAAUUUAUUUUCGAACUGUUUUAAUUUGUCGUUUGCCUUAUACACAAACAUGUGUGUGUCUUUUUAUAUUUAUUUCUGUGUUUUUGUGUUCAUCAGUUUUAAUAUUUUUACUACUCCUUUGGGGGCAAACAUUUGCCCCCAUUUUUUUUAUUGGUUUUAACAUUGCUGCAUCUCAACGCCCCUGUGGGAUGGUGAAUGUAGUUGCAGCUUUUGUGUGUGAUAAACUCCUUCAUUUUCUUGGCGUCGAAUCGAACGUCUUCGCCCCCUCAGUCCUUCGCACCGUCCUCCGGUGCGCCCAACCUAACCUACCCACCUACUACAGAACCUCCCGAAUGACAGAAAGGGUAGAAAACUAAAAUGGCCGACUCAAGGUGCCGGGCAUCCACUACGAGCAAAACAAAAAACAACCCAGAAGUACACCGAAUCAGAUAAUUAAAAAGAAGAAGAAAAGGGAAAAAUCCGGCAUUGAUAUAUGACGUAGAUGUUUUAAAAACAAAACAAAAAAAUAUUCCAGUAUAAUACUUUAAGUGGGUCAGCUAAGAUAUAUACGCUAUAUAUAUAUAUAUAUACAUAUAUUUACCUUACCGAGUUUAUUGACGAAAACUAUCGUGCAACUAUGACAAGAAACAAAAGUAGCAUUACACAGCGGAUAGUGUGCGUGAGUGGAAGAAGGCGAGCGAUCGCCAGGCAGCAUGAAAGCGAUAGAUAGAGAGCGAGAUAGUUUUGUAUGAGUGGGGAGCGAACGCGUACUAAUUUCCAAUCGGGGUUUUGUUUAUCCUAAGUAAAUGUGUGUUCUAAAUGUUUUGCGAUUUGCGACCGGCUAAUCGGACAUCUGUGGUAUACAGCAGAGUAGUAGCAACAAAAAAGAAAUAAUAAAAAAAACAAACCCCGGGAUAACUAUAGCGAUAGUGAACAAACAAAAUCAGGAAUUCAAACAAAAAACCCGGGCAGAAUAGCAUGGUAGCUAGUGGAGUGUGUAUGUGUGUGUGUAUGUAGUAGC